GCGGUUUCGGGGCCCCGGCUGGGAAGGGGAGGUGUCUGGGGCCUGCGUUUCCACCCUCGCUUUUGUUCCUUGUUCGAGGCUUGCUUUUCUGCUCGCUGCCUUAGUGCGUUUGUAGCUUCUUGGUUGGGUUGGGGCUAGCAGUUUCCAAUCGACCCCAAAGGACGUUAGUUAAAAGGAAACGCGUGAGAAAAUCGUCUUAAAGCAGAAUUUUGUGGGGGUACGCAGACGGGCUAUUGAUAAGUGGCGCCUGAUUUCCGCCUUUGGCGUGGUUCUUAUUUCUUGUAAAAUUGGGACCCUCGGCCGCAGGGUGGCUCCGAAGGGGUGGGUUCUUGCCUUCCCAGCCCUGCUGCUUACCAGUGAGGCUGUUUUGUGUAGGUGUGGGUCGUUGGGGACACUAAAGUGACAUUUAAAAACUCCUUGAAAAGUUUUUCGAUCGUCGGAGUACCUCCUUACCCCCUGUGCUUAAUGUCCCCUGAACUAGUUUCGGUUCUUUGACAAGAAAAGUUUGACUCCCCCCACCCCCACCCCGAAGUGCUCCAUCUUGAUCGGCCUGACUGCCCAAGAUAUCUUUUCCUUGAAAUCUCUCGCUAAUUUUUACAUGGAUGUUACCUGGUUAGCAUUUUUGUGGAUAGAUCUUUUACUUCAAAAGGCGUCUCUAAUGUCCUGGUGGGGAAAGCAUUGAAUUGAACACUUCCAAGUUGGUAUAUUGUACCUGUGAGCUCUGAAGCCUUCUUUCAAGACUUGUUUGCACAGGGGAGACCUCUGAGAGCCAGAAGAUUUCUUCUUUCUCCAGCAAGAAAGAUGGCAUCUGUUUCAGUUGAACCACAACUGAGUGUGGUGACCAGGGUGGCCAGCCUCCCCUUGGUGAGCUCCACGUGUGAUCUGGUCUCCUCGGCUUACAUCAGUACAAAGGAUCAGUAUCCUUACUUGAAGUCUCUGUGUGAGAUGGCAGAGAAGGGCAUGAAGACCAUCACUUCUGUGGCUGUGACCAGCGCACUGCCAAUCAUCCAAAAGCUAGAGCCACAAAUUGCUGUUGCCAAUACCUAUGCCUGUAAGGGGCUAGACAAGAUUGAGGAGAAGCUGCCUAUUCUGAAUCAGCCAACAAACCAGGUUGUGGCCAAUGCCAAAGGGGCUAUGACGGGGGCAAGAGAUGCUGUGACGACUACUGUGACUGGGGCCAGGGAUUCUGUGGCCAGCACAAUCACUGGGGUGGUGGACAGGACCAAGGGAGCUGUGACUGGUAGUGUGGAGAAGACCAAGUCCGUGGUCAAUGGCAGCAUUCACACAGUCAUGGGAAGUCGGGUGAUGCAGCUGAUGAGCAGUGGAAUGGAAAAUGCACUCACCAAAUCGGAGUUGCUGGUAGACCAGUACCUUCCUCUUACCAAGGAUGAACUAGAAAAAGAAGCCAAAAAAGUGGAAGGUUUCGAUACAGUUCAGAAGCCAAGUUACUAUGUUAGACUGGGAUCUCUGUCCGCCAAGCUGCGCUCACGGGCCUACCAGCAGGCCCUCUGCAGGGUUGAAGAAGCUAAGCAAAAAGGCCAGGAGACCAUUUCUCAGCUCCAUUCCACCGUCAACCUGAUUGAACUUGCCAGGAAGAAUGUGCAUAAUGCCAACCAGAAAAUUCAGGAUGCUCAGGAUAAGCUCUAUCUGUCCUGGCUGGAGUGGAAGAGAAGCAUCGGCUAUGAUGAUACAGAUGAAUCCCACUGUGCUGAGCACAUUGAGUCACGUACUCUUGCUAUUGCCCGGAACCUGACUCAGCAGCUCCAGACCACGUGCCACACCCUCCUGUCCAACAUCCAGGGGUUACCACAGAACAUUCAAGAUCGGGCCAAGCACUUGGGGGUGAUGGCUGGUGACAUCUACGCUGUGUUUCGCAAUGCUGCCUCCUUUAAAGAAGUGUCUGAUGGCCUCCUCGCUUCCAGCAAGGGGCAGCUGCAGAAAAUGAAGGAGUCUUUAGAUGAUGUGAUGGAUUAUCUUGUUAACAACACACCCCUCAACUGGCUGGUAGGUCCCUUUUAUCCCCAGGUGACCGAGUCUGAGAGUGCUCAGGCCCCAGGUACAGCCAGGAGGCCUGGCAGGCGGAGUACAAAACACCCUAAACCCGUCCCUGUCAGCAACGCACAGGGCAGCCAGCCAGAUGACAGCUCCUCUUGAGCUAGACGGCUCCAAAGUAGGCAGGCAGCUAAUGAGGCAAAAAGGUCUCCACUUCAGUCAUUUCCAGCUGACAUAAGAGCUAUAAAGUUUCUGCAUUAGUGCAUAAGUUCUGUUACUUACCUGGCUGGAAAGAAAAGAAUAAUAGAGUGGUCACAGCCUGUCCAGAACUCGCACAUGUUUCAGAGCGUUUUAUGGCCUCAUUCUUUUGCUACUGUUGCUGUUUGUACUGAAUAAAAACACCUUCAUGUAGGCUGUUGUAUGAAUUGGGGUCUGCUCUGAGCAGGCCUCAACUCUGGUUUGUCUCACAGUGCAUGCUUGUGUACCCUGGGUUUUUUAAUUUUUUCAUAAAGGAGUGCCUCCUUUGAAUUCAAUAAAAUUCACUGCAGAAUA